CUCCGUAAUUUCUAUAAAUAAAAAAAAUGAAUGAUGAUGACAGCGGUGCGCCACCCGCCACCAACACCGCCGCCGGAGCCGGUGGUCGUAAUAAGCCAAAACUACGUGGCUCCGUACAUGAUAGAUCUGAACGUGAAGAGGAAGAUGUUGAGCAGCUUGAUGGAAAGCACGAUCUCCGUCAACGACAUCAACGGCGACCAAUGGUUCAAGGUCAUUCGAGGCCAAAUGUGGAAGAUUCAUGAACGCCGUCUUCUCCUUGACGUCGCCGACAACCCCCUCCUCACUUUCCAACACAAGCUACUAACAACACGCAGAAGAUGGGUAGCGUAUAGAGGAGACAGCAUAGAUCCAAAAGAUGUACUGUUCACCGUUAGACAAUCGUCACUGAUUCAAGUAACCGCCAGUUCCAGGACUAAGCUUGCCGUGUUCAUGGCAGGAAACAUGGAAGACGGCGUUUGUGAUUUCUACGUUAAAGCCAGUGACUCUGAAACAUCUUGUGACAUUUUCAUCGGAGAGACCAAGACUAUGAUUGCUCAGAUGCAUCGAAGUCAAAGUUUCUUUAGUGGGUAUCUUGGGAAGGAUAACUUCACCAUGUCUAUUCGCCCCAAUGUUGAUUAUGCCUUCAUUGUUUCACUUGUUGUGAUUCUUGAAGAAAUCAAUGCCGAGAGGAAAUUCCAAGAACUUGUGAUGAAAUCUGUCAUGCUCAAAUAAUUGUUGCAUCUUAAUGAAUGAUACUCGAUGCUCCCUAGAGUUUGCUUUGUUUGAAAUAUCAAGUCAAGUUUUAAUAAAUUUUGACCAUAAAU